AUGAACCGCGAAUCCUUCCUCCCCCCAUCAACACAAGGCUCCAGCAGCGCCGCCGCCGCCGGCCGCGCGUACCAGCCCACGCAGGCAAUCACCUACCUCUGCGCCAACUGCGCUGCGCCAAACACACUCACCCGCAGCGAUCCCGUGCGGUGCCGCGAGUGCGGCCAUCGUGUGCUGUAUAAGCAGCGUACUCGGCGGAUGGUGCAGUUUGAGGCGCGGUGA